ACAGAGAGAGAAACGUAUGCUAUAUAAACAGAAGUGAUGAGAGGAAAAUGCAGGGAGAGGAAAAUGAUGAGAGGAAGAAGCAGGCGAAGAGGAAGUUGGUGUUUGGGGAUGAGCCUGAGGUUAGCGGGGAAGAGGAGGAGGAGUCAAUCUGCUCACAAACAAAGAAACGAGCUGUAAUGGACGAGGACUCCUCACUCGUGCCGUUAAUGAAGGAGGUGGAGGGUGCGGGAGAGUUGGACUUUGUCCAACUCAUAAACAAACCUCUACCCAAACCGUGGAUCCCGCUGAGGGAGUUGAAGGAGGAUCUAGCGUACCGCAUCAUCGGAGCUCGAGAGGAGACCAAUAAACACGGUCGAGGGGGAGGGGGUUUUGGAGCAAAAAAGCCCGUCUAAAGUAUCUAACUUCAUCUACUUGUACAUAACAUCAUGAGAUGGAAAGGUUUUACCUAACUAGAAAACAUUCUCAUAAUAGGUUUCUCUGUAACCACAGAUUUAUUGUCAUCCAGGUCUUUGGGAGCCUCUUUUCUAAAAAUGAGUUACCUCUGAUUUGGUUUACCUUUGCAUUAUCUCUCCUUUGAUUCUGAUACAGGAUGUUAUUAGGUAUAUUAUUUGGUUGUUA